AACAACUACAGCACCUUGCCAACACAUCUGCACAUCAUGGCCUUCGGCCGGUCAAACUCGCUCAGUAUCAAUACUGGUGCCACCAACUCUCUUUUUGGGCAGCAGCAGCAGAAUAAUGCCGCCUCGCAACCCCCAGCGGCCGGCGGCCUCUUUGGCAACUCUACGCAACAGUCGACAUCGGCGGGCAGUUUGUUUGGAGGACCGGCGGCGCAACAACAACAGCAACAACAGCAGCAGCAAACAGGAGGCGGCGGAUUGUUUGGGAACAACACGACGCAGUCCUCGCAGCAGCAAUCGGGGGGACUGUUCGGCAACAGCACGGCACAGCCUCAGCAGCAGUCUGGAGGGCUCUUCGGCAAUACUGCAGCACAGCCUCAGCAGACGAGUAGCUUGUUCGGCAACACACAGUCAAACACUGCCCAGUCGAGCGGUGGUGGGCUGUUUGGCAACACUCUGAACCAGUCCACUCAGCAGCAACAACAACCACAGAGUACCAGUCUCUUUGGAGGCGCGCAGACCAACAAGCCAGCUGGCAGUCUGUUCGGCACAAACAACAACCAGGGUACGACCUCUGGGUCUUCGUUGUUUGGCGGCUCUACGCUGUUUGGCGGCAAUUCACAGGCGCAGCAACAACCUGGCCAGUCCAGCCUCUUCGGCAGUCAAUCCCAACAGCAGCAACAACAACAACAGCCGGCGUCCAACUCGAUAUUUGGUCUGUCUGCGAAGCCGGCCGAGCUCCAAACUUCGCUUCUUUCAUCAUCGCAGUAUCGCACCAGCCAGUUCCAACCGUUCGCAGGGAAGCUUAGCAUGGGCCAGGCACAAUCGACGGCGGGAGUGCAGCAGCCAGCGCAAGGCGCGGUGAAGAUCAAUUUUGACGAGAUGCGGCCAACGACACGCUACGCCGACCUCAUCGACGACAUCAAGGCCCAGUUGGAGUCCAUUGACCAGAUGAUCCAGAAGCAAGAGCAGAACUGCCGCCAGAUCGAGGCCUUCCUCCCCGAGCACGGGCAGAAAGUGCCGUCGUUGGGGCCGGAUGUAGACCUCAUCAAAGAGAAGGCCGAGGCGGUGGAGCAUGCGCUGGCUAUGGAUGCGGGAGGAGUGGACAUGCAACGUAGGGUUCUGGAGAGCGACCGGAAAGAUUUCCAGCGCUGCGAGCGCGUCGUCAUGAAUUUGGCGCAGCCGCUCCAAUACCGAUACACCGGCUACGGCGGCGCCUCGACCUCUACGGGCCUGGACGGGGACGUGGCGAAAGACAUGGAUCUAGUGAGCAACUUUUUCGCGCCCGUGGCUGCGGAGCUGAUCAAAACACUGGAUCUGUAUGCUUCGAAUCUCACCGAGAUUGAAGGACACAUGCGGGUGAUUGAGCAGUCGGCGGUGGCGCAAGAGCAACAGCUGGUUUCGAAGAGAGCAGGGGUUGGCGGUGGCGCGUACGCGAACGGGGAUGAUACGGUGAGAGAGUUGGCCGACACGUUACGAGGAUUUGAAGCGAGCAUUUUGGGAGCCGCUGGACUGGUGGGACAAUGUAGAGAGGGUGUGAAUGAGCUGGUGCUGGGAAGGCUGAGCAACGGGAAUGGGCGGAGAUGAGACGACGACGACGACGACGGCACACUGUUAGGGAUGGGGAGCGGGGAGGAGGAUCAUGGCAUUUGGCAUAGCGUGGCGCACUCGGUAAUAUACUUGGUCGCAUUCCCCGGCG